CUAAAACAGCAAAAUGCAAAAACUACGAAAAAAACAAAAUUACCUUGUAUGAAAUCUGCGCCAGCAUGAGUUGAAAACAACACACCCACCUAGCUAUAUACCACCACAGGUCCACAGCCCCAGCUUCAAUCAUCAAAACGCUCCCAGGCAAGGCACGCCCUUCAAUGUCCUAUUAGGACUCUCCCUCUCCCUCCCGCAGUUGAUAUUUGUAUAAACGUACAUAGUAAUUGACAACAUCACAAAGGCCAAAAAUCACCUAAUGGCGACUUCGUCACAGGGAGUUGAUCUAGAUCCCGAGAAACAGACCCUCCUAAACCAGCACAAAGAGAAACACUUCACUGCCGGUGAGAUCGUUCGUGACAUCAUCAUCGGUGUAUCCGAUGGUCUAACUGUUCCUUUUGCUCUCGCUGCCGGUUUGUCUGGAGCUAAUGCUACAUCUUCCAUUGUUCUCACCGCCGGCAUCGCCGAAGUUGCUGCUGGCGCCAUCUCCAUGGGACUUGGAGGAUAUCUAGCGGCUAAAAGUGAGGCAGAUCACUACGCAAGAGAGCUCAGGAGAGAGCAAGAAGAGAUCAAAAGUGUUCCCGAUACAGAGGCGGCUGAGGUGGCUGAGAUACUGGCACACUAUGGAAUAGAGCCGCACGAGUAUGGGCCUGUGGUUAGUGCUCUAAGGAAGAAGCCUCAAGCCUGGCUUGAUUUCAUGAUGAAAUUUGAGCUAGGAUUGGAGAAGCCGGAUCCAAGAAGAGCACUGCAGAGUGCGUUGACUAUUGCCAUUGCUUACAUUUUGGGCGGAUUCGUACCCCUCAUUCCUUACAUGUUCAUUCCAAGCGCCCAAGAUGCUGUGAUUGCUUCGGUGAUCUUAACUUUGGCAGCUUUGCUGAUCUUCGGCUUUGGUAAGGGUUACUUCACUGGUAAUAAACCCUUUAGAAGUGCUUUUCAAACUGCCCUUAUUGGUGCCAUUGCAUCUGCUGCAGCAUUUGGCAUGGCUAAGGCUGUCCACCCAUAAUCCUCCCAGUCAAUAUUAUGUAAUCUCAACAGUUCAAAUAAUUGCACCCGUUUUUUUUCCGUUUCCCUACCUAUGAUGAUUGCAUUCGUUUCAGUAUCAUGAAGCUUUGAUGGGUUUUUGCACAUAA